GCGCUCAGUAGUCAACGAAACGUCGCGUCGAACGGUCGCUGCGGCUGCCACUAGCAAUUUAUUGUUUAAACUUGAAGCUCAACAUGAAUACAACGCUGCUGAGUCUUUGCUGCUUCAUCUGCUGCCUGUGCCUGCAUGCCCAAGCGGCUGGCGUGGACUUCACGCCCAUCAGCCCGGCAGCCACCGAGUUGCGCGCCAGACACUUUGCCAGCCUCCGACAGAACAACAACAAUGGCCCAGCACCCACUUCAGUUGCUCCAGCUGCUUCAGCUGCUGCGGUUACAGUUCGAAACGAGAUCAAGGAGCUAAUCACCAAUUUACACGAUCGCGUUGGCAUCUUGGCGACCUUGGAUGAGGACCAGCGACAUCGUCUAGAAGUCAUCGAUAAGAAAAUCGAUAAACUGCUGGACAGCAACGAGGGUCGCAUGGAAUCGCUAAAGGCGCAGCAGCUGAACUUCCAGCAGCGCUUGGACAGCUUCGAGCAUAUCCAGCGCAUGUCGCGGCGCACGCUGGACGAGCUGAAAGGUGAAAGCGAUAGAAUGACGGGUCCACGUGCGGCACGUGAGCUCAAGCACAAGCAAAAGAAUCAAGCCAAAUUGAAGGAUUUAUCUAGACAGCGACGCGAGGCGCAGCAGGUGGCGCCACAUGUGGCAGACAAUAUGGCCAGCAUCUUUAGCACGCAGGGCAGAGCAGACAAUUCGAAUGCCACUGAGCUGGAUGUAAACAAAAAACUGGAUGCAUUGGCCACCUUUCUGGUCUCACUUGCCUACAAUGUGCGUGAGACGCAGGAGAAUGUGGGCCGACUAGUGCAGAACACCAACAACAUCAAGCGGCGCUUGGCCAAUCGCAAGUCCGCACGCUUGCCUCAAACUGCAGGCGCUCCAGCUGAUGAGCGCGCCAGCAGCUGCCUGCAGUCCUAUCUCGCAGUCAAUGGCAUUUUGAAGCUGCAGCUAACACCCGAAUCCGAAUCCUUCUAUGUGCCCUGCGAGGACGACGGCUGGACUGUCAUUAUGAAUCGCAGCUCGGACGACACAAGCUUCGAGCGCAGCUGGCUUGAGUACAAGGAAGGCUUUGGCAAUCUUGCUGGUGACUUUUUCAUUGGUCUGGACAAGCUGCAUGCUUUGACUUCCAGCUCGCUGCAUGAGCUGCGCAUUUGGCUUGAGGACUUUGAGGGCAAUCGCGCAGUUGCUGGUUACGACGCUUUUGCCAUCAGCGGCGAGCGCGAACUUUAUGCUUUAAAUUUGCUGGGCAAGCAUCAGCAGCAGCUGCAGCCACCAGCUGGUGACUCAUUCUCGUAUCAUGCCGGCGCCAAGUUUAGCACUUUCGAUAGCGAUAACGAUAACUGCUUGGCCUGCAGCUGCGCGCAGCGUUUCAAGGCCGCCGGCUGGUUCAACUCGUGCGGCACCAGCAAUCUCUUUGGCAAAUAUCACAGCGAGAAUCACGCGCGCGCCGGCGAGGCUGGCAUCUUCUGGGAGACCUUCCAGGGCAACGAGUAUUCGCUGCGGCGCGUCAAAAUGCUCAUACGCCCAGUGGCACAAGAUGAGGCGAGACGCUGAACCAUCAGUUGACGCUUCAGCCACAACUGCCAUAAAUCAGGAAUUGCUUUUUAACAUCAACUCAACUUAACUAAUUAUAAAUUGAGCUUGUGUUGUUGUGUGUAUAUGUGUUAAAUUAUAUACUCGACUGUCAAUGUAAAACGUUAAUGUUUAAUGCUCAUAUAUUUAUGCAAAUGUUUGCUUGGUAACAUUUUUUAGUAACUUACCAGGGACCAACAAAACCAA